GACUGGACCUAACGUACACGGUGUAAACCGUUAUCCACCUGCGGAUAUCUCGCCCGCGGAAUCUGUACGUUAGACAACGACGUCAUAACUGUUCGAAUAGAAUAAUAAUAGUGACGCGUUAUUCUACGAUGAUGUCAAGAAUACUUUGAAAUAUUUCAUCGAGACAGCACGAAACCAACGGACACGUCACGCGCGGAUUGUCCCACAGAAGCUGUCCAACAGGUGGAUUCCGAGGCCAAUCCAGAUCUGGAAGUAGCCAUACUUUACCGUUGCUCUCUCUCUCUCUCUGUCUGUCUCUCCGCCCCUAAGAGUAACCAUAGCAAAGGCACUGUAGUGUAGCCGUAAAAUUCAGCGUACCGGAAAGAGUCUGAAUAACGCGUUCGGGAUAUGGAUCCUUUCAGUGGGCAAAAGGCAAUCCUCGGCUGUGACGUGACAUUGAAAGUAUUAGGGACAAGAGUCAUCACGAAGCCACUAUUAUAGUGUUUAUUCGGAGUCAUGCCACUUUACAUCUGAUAAACACAGGUUGUGUAUUUUUCUGCCUCAGGAAAGUGUUUUAGACUUUUGGAGUUAAUAAUGCCUGUAAGCAACGGAUCGAUGAUGGAUUUGCCCUCGGAGUAUGUGAAAAUAAAAGCGCAUUAUGCUGGGAACAUGCUGAUUUCCGACUUGGACUUGGCCAUGACAUACACAGAACUAUGUGAGGAAGUGAGAGAGAUGUGUAAGGUUCACAAAGAGCUGCCAAUAACACUCAAAUGGAUUGAUGAUGAAGGGGACCCAUGUACCAUCUCCUCUCAGAUGGAGCUGGAAGAAGCAUUUCGGAUCUACAGCCGGAACCGGCGAUCGGGACUCCUUCUGCAUGUGUUCCCUAGCAUUCCUGAAAGACCUGGUAUGCCGUGCCCAGGAGAGGAUAAAUCGAUCUACCGCCGCGGGGCUAGACGAUGGAGGAAGCUGUACCGGGUGAACGGGCACCUCUUCCAGGCCAAGCGCUUUAACAGGAAAGCGUAUUGUGGCCACUGCAGUGAGAGGAUAUGGGGACUGGGGCGUCAGGGGUACAAGUGUAUCAACUGCAAGCUACUGGUCCAUAAACGCUGUCACAAGCUCGUCCCUCUGACCUGUCAAAGGCAUAUGGAUCCAGUCAUGCCAUCGCAGGAGCCGUUGGUAGACGAUGAGAAAAGUGGUGAGGAAGUGGAGCUCCCCCCUGAGGACCCUGAGGAAACAGACGCAAUUCCACUCCCUUUCUUAGCGCACAACCGGAAAGUAGAGAAAGCUGAAGAUGACGGAGAGGAUCUUAAGGUGGUGGUUGAUGGUCUCGAGGGCAUUCAGAUCUCUCAGGGAUCUCUUGGCCUGGGAGACUUUGACAUGAUCCGGGUCAUUGGCAGGGGCAGUUAUGCUAAAGUGCUGCUGGUCAGACUGAAGAAGAAUGAACAGAUUUAUGCCAUGAAGGUGGUGAAGAAAGAGCUGGUCCAUGAUGAUGAGGACAUUGACUGGGUCCAGACAGAGAAGCACGUGUUUGAACAAGCAUCAACCAAUCCAUUCUUAGUGGGACUUCACUCCUGUUUUCAAACAGAGAGUCGAUUGUUUUUAGUGAUCGAAUAUGUGAAUGGAGGAGAUCUUAUGUUCCAUAUGCAGAGGCAGCGGAAGCUUCCAGAGGAACAUGCUCGAUUUUAUGCUGCUGAAAUUUGCAUCGCUCUUAAUUUUCUGCACGAGAAGGGCAUUAUUUACCGGGAUUUAAAACUGGACAAUGUACUGUUGGACCAGGAUGGCCAUAUCAAGCUUACAGACUAUGGCAUGUGCAAGGAGGGUAUCAGACCGGGUGACACCACCAGCACUUUCUGUGGAACGCCCAACUACAUCGCCCCAGAAAUCCUAAGGGGUGAAGAUUACGGGUUCAGUGUAGACUGGUGGGCGCUGGGCGUACUCAUGUUUGAAAUGAUGGCAGGCAGAUCGCCCUUCGAUAUCAUCACUGACAAUCCUGAUAUGAACACAGAGGAAUAUCUCUUCCAGGUCAUUUUGGAGAAGCCAAUAAGGAUCCCGAGGUCACUGUCUGUUAAGGCGGCAAGUGUACUGAAAGGUUUUUUGAACAAGGAUCCGAAAGAGAGGCUGGGUUGCCAAGUUCAGACCGGAUUUACAGAUAUCAAGUCUCAUACGUUCUUCAGAAGUAUAGACUGGGACCAGCUGGAACAAAAGCAGGUGACACCACCAUUCAAACCUCAGAUCACAGACGACUACGGUUUAGACAACUUCGACACACAGUUCACCAAUGAACCCGUGCAGCUAACACCAGAUGACGAGGAUGUGAUAAAGAGAAUAGACCAGUCAGAGUUUGAAGGAUUUGAGUACAUUAAUCCACUGCUGCUCUCCAACGAGGAAACCGUAUGAGAGAAGAACAUCACAAAAGAGCCGUCUCUGCCUGCGGGUCCGUAGGACUGCUACAGCUGAGUUUAUUUCAGACUGUGUGUCUUCACAAAGAAGACAAAAGGAUGGCCAAUUGAUCCUUUAAACUGUUAAAAAGACAAAUAACAGGCUUCAAGUUCAAGACCCUUCUUAAGUUAUUUCAGGUUUCCGCUGCAGGAACGAAUAAGAGAGAAACUACACAGAAAAGAAACUCUGAACUGUUCCCCAAAUUUCAGCUGUUGAGUGUCUUCCUGCUUCCCGGCAUCCUUUUUGAUGCCCAUGUUUGUGUUUGCGCGUGCGCACUGUUGCCUGGGACUUCAGUAAGCUCCAUCAUCGUGUGCCUGCGUCCAUCAGAGACUACAUUUCCCAUGAACCCUUCCUAAAUAUGACGGUUCUAACUUAUUAUGCACUUUUAUGUUCUGUUCAUCUUUUUCUUUAAUCUUGUAUGAGGUGAAAACAAGAAUGUACAAUAUUUAAAAGGUAAAAAUGUUCAACCUUGUAUUAUAGUGUAGGUAGCCAAAUUUACGAUGCCUUCUAGGAUGCAAAGUGGCACAACCAUGAUGGUUACAAAAACAAUGCUUUUAACCACCAAUAUUGAUUUCACAGAGUAAAUGAGAAACAAAAUGUGUUUUGUGAAGAAGUGCCUAAAAGAUUUCAAAUUUCAACUCCACUUUAGAUCAAAGUUUAUUUUCCAAUGCAUCCAAUAGGGAUGUUGGCCACCAGUGUGAAUUUUACUUAAUAUUGUGUUGAAUGCUGUCCAAAUUAUUUAAGAAGACAUGGAGGUCAGUCCAUUAAUCACACGCAGUCUUACGCAGACAUAUAAUGGUAGCCAUGCCGAUGUUCAGUACUUAGGCCAGUUUAUUAGUAUAAUUUAAAUAGUUCAGCCAAAGCUAUGAGCUUUGUGUGUCACACAGACUGAACCAAAUGUGUAAGCGAAGUUUCCGCAUCUUUCACACUUGGGUCUGGGGCACUGUCAACACCGACAGACCAAAUGAUUAUCAUUAGAGGCCUAGAAACUAACAGUAAUGUGGUUUAAUUUAUAUCAACACACACAAAAUCACUCUAAAGCUUUUGUAACCAUGUCAGUGAUUAUUCAUGUGAGGCCGUGCUGUUGAGAUGUUGAAAGAAAUACAAAAAAUUUUGGUUUUAUUCAUUAUGUUGUGGUAAAAUUGUGCAGCGGUGAUGCAACGCAAUCUCACAUGACCAGGUCUUAGGAAAUGGUGGGACUCUCUUUAUAGGCACAAUAAAAUCCUCAGUUUGGUUACAAAGGCUGUGCUUAGAUUAGAUAAAUAACUUACUACUUACACUGGAUUUUGGCUACUAUUUGAAGUAAAAUAGCCAUUAUUUCAUAAUUCAGUGAUUAAAACAGUACAAUGACCAAGUGUGCAGUCAUCAUCGUGGAAGUUAUGGUUAUUUUACAUUUUGUGUAUAAACGUUUUAAGGAGUU